UCCGACCUGAAGAGAUGAAAAAUUCUGCUUACAACUUUCAUCGAUACCCACAACAGGCCGAAGCUUAAAAAAGACAUCUAUACGUCAAGCUGAGUAGCACGAGCGCACUCAGAUUAAUGCGGCCGCUCCCCUAGAGAGGGCAGUAGGGUUUGCCGAUGCCAACCCAUGAUUCACCAUGGCCCAAACCGUCUUGGCAAAUUUACUACGGAAUUGACAGUGGUAAAAAAGUGUUAUCAUGAAGGAGGUAUAGCCCAUGGAAAGGAAUAGGGAAAACAAGUAAUACAUAGAAAGAGUGAGUGAGAGAGAUGGGCAGAGUAAGAAAAAGCUACACAGGACCAAGUGAACGGAUGGAGGAAAAAUAAAAACUCCAAGCUGAUACAUUCCAUGGAUUCCAUGUUUAUCAGACAGUCUCCCGGCUGACGGAUACUGACAGACGAGCGCUGCCUAUUAUACUAUGUGAUAGCUUUGUGUAGUCCUGAUCAAUUAUUUGAUUGCAAAUGCUGUUUCUAAUCGACUCUGCAAAUUUUCAUUGCAAUGAUCCCAGCUCGGAUAUGUCUAAUCGAUAGACAAGACUGCUUCGACACUCCUGAUGUCUAAUCGGAGAAAUCGAUUAAUCAAUCACAGCACGCGGUGACGUAUCGAUAGGCUUUCGUGUGCAGAAUUAACGAGACCCCACACAGAGAAAGUACACGGUUCGCCCGGCUGCUUUGAACGUAGUGAAGCCACUGGAAGACGCUUAGAAAUCGUUGGUCCCGCAUAGGAGUUAUGCUGCUGAAAUUCUUUGCGGCAAUGAAAAAAAAGAAAAUUUUUAAAAACAGAUUAUCGAGGCCUUUGUCCGGAAAUUAAUACGCUUUGACUCUGGUUCUAGUGUGAAUUAGGAAUUGCUAAUAAUGCACGAGAUCUCGUUGAUCAUCUCGAAACUCAAGUCUGGAGAAUACGACCGGAUGUUACGUCACUUGCGCUGCCACAAGGAUAGAUAGGUACCCGACCACCAUUCAUCCCUCAAGAUAGAUACGUAGUCCCGUGGGAAGAUGCCUGGAAAAUGAAUGGGAUAUCCCGUUACUCUACGGUGUAGUCAGCUCCAUACACGCACCGGAGCUUUGAACAUCUUCGUGACAACGGAUAUCAAUUUUGAAUAGUUUCUAGUCGAUGCAAUUCAAUAUCGGAACAGACGCGCUGUGAAAAGUUCGGAUUCACGCUCAAGAAAGAUGGCAUAUGUCAAAGUUCAAAACUGAUAAGAAGUACACGUGCCUAUUCGGAAUGUAGUCAAGUGUUGAACUUUGCCAACUAACUAUUGAACAAGAUUCCUAAACAUCAUAACUGAUAACAUGUAAAAUAAGUUCCACAAGAAAUUUUUCAAUUUAAAAAAAUGAAAAGUGAUUAUGCACCCUUUAAAAGGACAGUCAAAAUACAAUACAGAUGCAAGAUGAACGAUGAUAAAACAUUCUUCAAAAAAUGACUCGAAAUAAUAAAAUCCUCAGUCCCAUAAUGAACAAGUAUUAAAUUUCAAAAAUUCUCCACGCAAUGCAAACGACAAGAAAAACAAGCGGACAAUAUUUUCUCUAGUCACUACAAGAAUGAUUGAUAUAAUAGAACGAAGUCAUGGUAUCAAAUUGUACACCCGUUAGACAUUUUCACCGUGGUACCUGGAGAGAAAAAUCUCAGCACCAUGAUGAUCUUGCUGGUAUCCUGCUGGUGGUCCUUGACGACGAUUUCCCAAUCACUCAGGACCGGUGAUCCUUCAGCUAGAGUCCGUGGGGACCUGGUGGUCGGUGCACUUUUCAGUGUUCAUCAGACACCCCGUGGUGGUCAGGGUGCACUUGUCUGCGGACCCGUCCGAGAGGUAUACGGCAUCCAGAGGGUGGAAACAGCCCUGAUCACCCUAGACAAGAUAAAUCGGGACACCACAAUAUUGCCAGGAGUCACACUGGGUUUGGAAGCUCGCGACUCGUGCUGGUCAGCUCCAGUUGCUCUGCAACAAAGUAUCGAGUUAGUACGUGAUGCGAUUACGCCAGCGCUUACGCAGCCCGAACAUCCGGACAAUUCUGCUAACUGUCUAUUGGAUUCGUUACAGACGGAGACGCCGGUGACUAAGGCGCCACUUAUAGGUGUGGUGGGUCCGGGCUCUAGCUCGGUAACGCUCCAGGUUCAAAAUUUGCUCCAACUUUUUUCCAUUCCUCAGAUUGGAUAUUCAUCAACUUCGAGGGAUCUCAGCGAUAAGAGUAGAUACUCCACGUUUCUGCGUGUGGUUCCCUCUGAUUAUUAUCAGGCCCAACUAUUAGUUGAUCUUGUGCGAAAUUUCAAUUGGACCUACGUAUCGAUUGUGAAUACCGACGAGAAUUAUGGCCAAAGCGGUAUGCAGGCAUUUCGUGAACUUGCCGAAAAAAGUGGCGUAUGCGUAGCCCGUGAAGACGCCGUCCUCUCGACGGCGGAGGACGAUGCCUUUGACGCCGUUCUUGAAAAUCUUGAUCAGGAUCAUGCUGCUAACGUCGUCGUUUGCUUUUGCGAGGGGAUGACGAUGCAUGGACUUUUGGCAGCUUCAAAAAGGCUCAAUCUUACUGGAAGAUUCCUAUUUAUAGGCAGCGACGGAUGGGCCGACCGCGACGAAGUCGUCGAGGGCUUGGAGGACGAAGCCUGGGGCAGCCUGUCAAUACGGAUUCAUUCACCCUACGUGUCUGAAUUCGAUGACCACUACUUCAACCUAAAUCCCUUUAACAACACGCGAAAUCCAUGGUUCGCUGAAUUCUGGCAGCACAAAUUUAAUUGCGUGUUGCCGGAAAUGCCUGCGGAUGAGGACUAUCUCUCAUUGCCAUUGACAACCACGGAAUUGCCAAGGACCAAGAGGACUUGUACGGGCAAUGAGACACUUGCUGAUAAAUACAAGCAGGAUCCAAAAAUGAGUUUUGUUAUGAAAUCCUUCUGGGCAAUAGCGCAUGGACUUCACAAUAUGCUUGAAGAAAUAUGCGGUCAUGAUUAUGAUGGUGUCUGCAAGGAGGUGUAUCCAUUUAAUGGAACUCUAUUCAAGAAUCAUCUAAUGAACAUUACCUUCAACUUUGGGCAAGAGGAGGUCGAGUUUGAUCGUCGUGGCGAUCCUCCGGGCAGAUACGAGAUACUCAACUUUCAACGCUUUCCAAACGGCACUUAUGGCUACAUGCAGAUCGGUGACUGGAACAACGGCACCCUGUCGCCUUUGGCUUAUCCCCAAUCUCGAGGUACAGAACUGGUAGAGAGUGUCUGUUCCAAACCAUGUCCUCCAGGAUACUACAAGAAUUUUAAAACUGGCGGCCAGGAAAAGAGAUGCUGCUGGGCAUGCGUCAAAUGCGAGGAUCACGAAUACGCUGAUGAGAGUCAAUUAAGCUGCACCGCAUGUCCUAGCGGCGAGUGGCCGAACGAAAAUAAAACUGGCUGCUACGUCAUCCCAAUGGAGUAUAUAUCCUGGGGGGAUGCUGAAGCUAUGGUUGCUAUGACAUUCAGUGCUGUGGGUCUUAUGGCUACUUUUGCGACCUGUCGCAUAUUCAUACGUCAUAAUGACACUCCAGUAGUCAAGGCCAGCACCAGGGAACUCAGCUACGUCAUUCUCGCGGGCAUGACCCUGGCGCAUAUUGCAAUAUUCCCAAUAUUAGCAAAACCCACCAAGAUAUCAUGCGCCUUGACAAGGCUUAUGCCAGGCAUAAGCUUCGCAAUGAUGUACGCCAGCCUCUUCACCAAAACAAACAGAAUAGCCAGGAUAUUGGCAGGUUCGAAAAAAAGAUUCCCAACGAGAAAACCACUCUUCAUGUCCGGUACCGCACAGGUUGUCAUCACAUGCAUACUCAUCUUCGUCGAAGCAGGCGUCGCGACGGUGAUGCUGCUCAUAGAACCGUCCACACCUCGUCUAGAAUUUCCAUCUCGCAACAGGGCAGUUCUCACGUGUGCGAUGUCGCCACGUGCCGUCCUGUCACCAUUGGCAUUCGACGCUCUUCUUCUAGGCCUCUGUACCCUUUAUGCCGUGAAGACACGCAACGUUCCAGAAAACUUUAACGAGGCCAAAUUCAUUGGGUUCGCCAUGUACACCACGUGUGUGAUAUGGGUGGCAUUUGUGCCUAUAUAUUUUGGAAGCGAAUCAAAGGUGAUAACUAUGUGCAUGUGCGUGACAUUAAGCGCAUCGGUCACUCUGAUCUUCCUCUUCCUGCCAAAGCUCUACAUAAUAGUACUACGACCGGAGAAGAAUAAUAGGGCCCUCUUCACGACCAGCAAGUCGAUUCGCUGUCACAUUGGAGCACGAGUGGCAGCUGCCAUUGCUGAACCACCGUCAAAGCAAACAAUAUACAGAUUAUCGGGUGCUGGAGAGACGGAAUCGAUAGCUUACAAACACAACGUGUCGCGACGCACAGCGUCGGUACAAACUGGUCCGGAAUUGUUGAACGGCGUGCUAGACGCACAAGGGAGUAGUCCAGGUAAAACGGCAAAACCAAGAAACCAACUGGCAAAAUGGAUUCCACGAGAGUCCUGCAAUUCUCGAUCCACGGAAUUUUCGAGGAUUAGCAAAUCCAGUGAGAGUUUGUGCAAUGCGUCCCGACGCCCGGCGUCUAAUCGUACACGAGGUCACCGUCGCUUGCAAGAAAAAAAUACGCACCUCGGAGUCUACAUAGGUGGUUCGCAAUUGGAAUUGUCGGAAUGGGCAGAAUUGGAUGCUAGACGCCUUGUAAAUGAUCUUCGAAAACGUUCUCCGGUAAGAGAAGCUAACUUGAGAGCGGUGGACGCGAAACAGACUACAGAAAAUACGGAGCGUCGCAAUUCUAUGAGGUCGUGGACGUCGAAGUCGACGCUUCGUGGCAAUUGUGUCAGGUCCACCCCAUCAAAAGUGGUUGUGACCAAAAUAAAGGAUGACACGGCCGCGCGUAUUCGCGAAGAGAAUGAUCAUCUCGCUGAAAAUGACGAUUCUGUCAUUAAAAUCACUAUUACGCUUGGCGGUGAUUUGGCAGGUGGUCAUGUGGAUAUCGAACAAACCGGAUAAUUGUAAGGCUAAAGAUUUUCUUGUCAUCCAUUAAGUUUUUCCUUCUUUUAUUUUUAUUUAAUUAAAAUUAAAUUAUCGAGACGGUGCCAAGUGAGAUUUUACAAUAAUGCCAGUCUGGCCGAAGAAUUCGUCGAUCGAUCAUCAAGUUUAUAAGUGGAACCAAAUGUGUUUUCAUGGAACAAGUAGCUGUAUAUAUUAUUGCCAAGUCUCUACGUGUAUUUUACAUACUUAAAACGAAAGGAAAAUAUCUUGCCAAUAAUUUUGCAUUUUUUUACAAUUGAAAAAAAUAUAUACACUAAUAGGUGCUGUACUCAGUUUUACGUGCGUCUUGUCAAUUAGCAAUAGAACUAUUUAUUUAUACAGUGGAAUUCCUUUUACAAUACACGUUCGACUAAGUUUUAAGCGAUGGGAUCAAGCAAUUUAAAAGAACUCAUUUAAGUACCUAAUUACGUACGUUAAGUGUUAUUAAGCGUUAUGCGUGCACCGGUGUAAGUUACACUUAAUGAAGAUAAAGAAACAUAUGUAAAAUGGAACAAGAUUCGAAACAACAAAAAGAGAAAUAAUACUAUUAGUUAUAAUUAGAGUGACAUAAUUUUAAUAUAGUCCAAUAUGAAUUAGCCUGUAGAGAGACAAUCAAUGAAUGCAAUAAUAAAACGGAGUAGCAUACAAUCCAAGAAAAAGUCAAAGAGUAUUAUGCAUCAAACUAGUCUCGGCAGUGUAAUUUACCAUUGAAAUAAUAUGAGAUUAGAAAAAUAAACAGAAUAAUGAGAAGAAAAUGAAAGAUGAUCAAGAAAAUACUUUUUAAUAAAUGAAACAAGUUCUUCGGAUACAUAUUACUUCUUUGCCCGCUGAAGGAUCAAAUCAAUGUACUCUUUUUUGUAUUGUCAACCAGAAACAAAAAAGAGUACAAAUUCUCCAUUCUAUUUUUAACGUCUAUUUCCAUGAGAAUCGAAAUCGUAAAAUCUCCCUCUGGGACUAAAUAGAAUAAUGUCGAAUAAAUUGGACGAACAAAUGAGAUGCAAUCUCUUCCAGCUAUUUCGCUUUGUUCUAUUUACAUUCUAUUCCGGUUUUGACAUAUUU